AUGAGAAAAUAAGUUUUUUAAAUCUUAAUAGUAAUUUUUUUAUUAGUUUCAAUAAAUGGUUAAAUUCCAUAAAAUUGGAUUUAUUCUCCAUAGUAUAGCUACAUAAUAAAAUCAAAAGGAUAGUAAAGUAAUUUCUCAAAGAUAUGCGUAAGCCCAUUAACUGGUUUAAUUUUUGUUUCUGCAGGAGAUUCAGGAGUAUUAGUAAUCGAUCCUUAAUAGGCAUAUACUGUUAUUACAUCUGUAGAAUCAUCAGACAAUAUCAUAGGUUUUGGUUGUACAAAAGACUCAAAGUAUUUAUUCAUGAGCAAUAAUCAAUUUCUUACUGUAUACGAGUUUUCUGGUAAGGAUUUUAUAUAUUUAGGCUAAGAUUAGGUUAAUGUCUACAUUGUUGAUGUUAAAAUUAAUGAGAAAGAAGACACAUUAUUUUUAUUCCAAAUAGAUGGAAAUGUUAGAAUUCUAGACAUAUCGAUAAAAAGCAAUCCUGUGCUGGCUGGAAAUAUCAAUUGGUAAUAACAGUAAAUAUAUGGAGGACUUAUAACACCUGAUGAUAAGUAUCUAAUUUUAUGCUAGGACAGUGCAGGGCUUGGUAUUUUUUAGUUAACAAAAUAAAAUGGAAAAAUUAUUGGGAAAUUGCUUGGUGAAUUUUAAGGAAUCACUUAAGGAAACUCACAUGAUGUGUUAAUUACAAAAGAUUAAAAAUACCUCAUAAGUUUAGAUGAGAGAAACGGACUUAGCUUAGCUGAUUUUUCUUAAGUUACUAAUUCUGAUCCAAAAUAAAUUCCUCAUUAAUUCUUUUACUACCUCUCUUAAUGGUGGCCUUCAAAUGUAGCAGUUCCUUCUCCAUUUUCAUUUUGCUUAUCAGCUGACGAUAACUUUUUAUUUUUAGGAGUCAGAUCUCUUGGUAUCUUCACAAUAGAUAUAACUGAUAAAACUUCACCUAAGACAUACAUGUGGUCUUAUUUUCCUUUUCAUGGUAAUUCUAUUGCUCUAUCUCCAACAGCUAACUAUCUUUACUUCUCUAAUUCUAGAUCUAUUAUGGUCUUUAGGAGAAUGAAGCCAAUUUUAGGUUUGAAGUAUGUCAAUCUGUAUAAUGGAGCACAUUCAAUAGGAUUUGAUUAGUCAAAUACUAGAUACUACUGGAGAUGUGAUUAUGAUUCAAAAAGGUAAGUUUAUAUUGGAGCAUUUGAUACUGAUGGACUAUGGUUUAUCGAUGUUAGCAAUCCAUUAUAUUUUGAUGUUAUUCAAAAGUAAUAUAAACCUCCAGGUUAAAAUGCAAAUAUUGAUGUUUUUUAUACCAAAAAUGAUUAUAAAAUAAUGAUAACCUCAAUUAAUGAUGGUGCUAAUUUUAUGGCAGUUCUUGAUAUUUCUAAUUACAGAGAUAUAAAGGUGAUAUAAAAAAUUCCUUAUGGAUAACCUUUUACUGGAUACAUUAAGGAUAUAGACAAUAAUAUGGAAGAUACAUUAGUUGCUUGUGCAAUCGAUAGAUCUAUAAUUUUCGUUGAUACAUAAACUUUAGGAAGCUAUUAUGUGAAGGCAAAGUGGAAUUUUUUGACAAAUAUGAAAGGUUUUACAACAGGAGCUAUGCUUUCAUAUGAUGGAAAUUAUUUUAUAGGAGCUUGUAGGGGAUAUGGGUACUAUGUACUUGACAUAAGGAAUAUGUCUAACAUUUAGAUGGUAAACUACUAAGACUCAACUGGCGCUGAGCAAAUUUAUAAAUCAUUAACAUACAGCUCUUAAUUUUAUUUGGUAGAUGGGCUAUAAGGUCUUUUUAUAAUGGAUUAGACAAAAUUACCAUAAUUAAAUUAAUUUUCUUAAUUAGUAGUAGAUGGAUGGACUAAUGACAUUACAUUCUUGGCAUAAGAAAAAUCUGUAAUCAUUUCUACAAUGCAGUAAGGAUAAAUCUAUUUACUUGAUAUUUCUGAUAAUAAAAAUCCAUUUAUCGUGUCUAAUUACCAAUAUGGUGAAGAAAAUGGUAUGUUUACUUGCUCAAAACCAGAUUAUAGCAUAUUAUUUAUCAACAACAAUAAUUAAGUGAGAUAGUUUCCUAUGACUAUUUCAGUUUUUAUACAUACUGACUAUCUUGAAGUUCUUGGUUAUUCUGAUUCUGGUGAUAUGGUAUUCAAUAUAAUUAAUGAUCCAGAUACUUAUAAAUUUAAGGUUGGCUAAACAAUAAAGCUUAACACAUGUAUGUUAUAUUAGCCUCUAGACAUUGUAGUUAGCAGUGUAACUCUUUACCAAAAGUAGAGCUAAAGAGCCUUGCCAUCAUGGAUAUAUUUUGAUCCUGUUGAAAUUUCAUUGACGAUAACAAUAACAAAUGAUGCUGUAGAUCCAACAAAUCUACCCAAACCACUUCUAAACACAAUACUUUUUACUACUAUAAGGCCUUUAUUCGAAAAAGAUUUUUAGUUUAACUAAGGUAGAUGCACUACAACACAAGAUCAGGCAACAUCUAUAUUUCUUUAAUUUAAAUAAGAUGGAAUAAUAAAUGAAAAUUCCUUAGUUUCUCCUGAUUUAUCUUUUAACAAUGACCAAUAGAUUUUUAUCAGAGAUACUUUACUUUUUCCUGAUUAGAGUGCAGAUUAGAAAAUUUAUAAUGCUUGCAUCAGCAAUCUUCUGAAAAAUACUCUCUUAAAUUCUAUAUAAUAUACACCCAUAUAUUUAUUAAUACAUCCCUCUUUAUUUUUAGUGAUAGAUGGGUCAACUAAAGACUAUAUAUCAACUCAAGCAACAAAUGUUAGCAUAUAAAUUGAAAUACAUAAAUUAUAAGGAUAUUUAAUUUAUAAAAAUUCUCCAAGCAUAAAUCUAUAAAUAAACAGUGAUUAAAAUGUUCUGAAUAUAAGUGGAAUAUAUUAAAAUGUUAAUUAAUUCUUAGCAAGUAAAAUUAUCAUUUAUCCAAUCCCACCUUAAAAUUAUGAAGAUAUGCUUGCCUAGAUAACUGUUAGUGAUUAAAUGAACUAUCCUAUUUAGACUAAUCAUUCAGUAACUUAAUUUCCAUUCUUAGCAAAAAAGUAGAAUAUUUAGAAUAAUCCUUAAAAAACUUUGCAAAGCUAAUUUACUGAUAAUAUUUAGAUAUUAACAGAAUUUGGAUUUACAAUUGAUCCAUAGACAUUUAUUGUACCAGACUUCGAAGCAGUAAUUACCUAUGAAGUUUUAAUUCAGAAAGGAGAUAAAUUUUAAUAAUUUGAUAAUACAGAUUGGCUUGCUUAUAAUCAGGCAUCAUAAAAAUUCUAUGGAACUCCUCCUUAAAAUGCUUUCAAAACUAAAUUAACUAUAUAAGUAACCGCGUCUGAUGGCUAUACUAAAGUUAAAUAGUUAUUUACAAUAAAUGUAAAUUAGUUACCAGUAAUGUUUGUUGUAUAGUGGAUAAUAACUAUCCUGGGUCCUCUUACUGGAUUUUUGGGACUUUAUAAGAAUAGAAGUACUUUAUACAAUAUAUUUUAUAGUAAAAAAAACUAGUACAGUAAAAUAAUUUGCAAACCAAACGAAAAAUUUAUUCUUAAAAUUCCUUUGAUACUUGAAGAAUACUAGGCUGCUCUUUAAAUUUGUCAUGAAUUAAAUAAAAAACUUCCUGUUUAAAAAAUUUAAACUAAAACAGAAAAAACUUAACAAACAAAUAAAGAUAAAAGAAAAAGUAGAGUCAUGGCUAAGGUAUUUGAAGGAGUAGGAAAAAUUUAGCAAAUUGUAACAAACAAUAUAAACUCUAUAGCUUUUUUAUAUAAGUAAAGAAUGUAAUUAUAAAGUUCAAUUUAAAAUUAAAAUAAAAAAAAUAAAAAAUUUAUUUAACUCUAUUUAAAUACAAAUGGAGAUAUAAAUUAUGAUGCUUUCUAUAAUGAUUUAUCUAAAUAUGAUGUUAAGUUUUAAAUUGGAAAUAAAUCAGAAUCUACAAAAAGCUAUAUUGAUGAAAUAAAGAAUGAAAGUAAUUCUUUGUAUGAAUGUUUAAGAUUUUUAUUAGCAAGAAAAAUACUAUAACAAGAUUCAAAAAGCUAACUUGCUUAUGAGUUUAUAAAAAAAUAUUCAUAAAUUUAAGAUCCUUUACUAACCAAUAACGACUGGUAUAAGUGCUUGGUAAAACUAGAAUCGACAGAAGAGCUGAACCCAUCAGGACACACCAUUCCUUUUCCAACUUUUUCUCUUUAUUUUAAAAAAUUAUUUUAAGCUGUUAAUUAUUUAGGAAUUGAAAUAGAUGAAGAAAUUAAAAAUUUAAUAACCGAUGUAGAUAUGAAUAAUUUAUUAAAAGACAAAAUAUUUGAAAUGAUAUACAAUAACUACAAAGUCAAUUUGUUUCUAAUAGAAAAGGUUAUGUUUUCAGAUGCAGCUGGAAUAAUAGAAAAGAAUCCGAGCUCUCUUUUUCCUAGUUGUGGUGAAUCUAUCCAUAUAAAUCCUCAUGGAAUUAACAGUGUUAUAGCCUUAAGAUAUUUACCCUCAGGAUUUUGUUUUGAAAGCAAAUUAGGACUAGAUUAUAAACCUUAUGGCCCAUAAGGAAAUAUGUAACUUCCUUGUUGGCUUAAGCUGGACUUGUAGCCUGGAUUAGUUAUGCUUAAAGGAACACCUGAAUUUUAAAACACAGAAAUAGUUUUAAUAAGAUUCAUAUCAGAAGAGGGGUACAUUAUUAGGUAGUUUGAACUCUAAGUAGAAGAAGAUUUGCAAGAACUUUAAAAACUAAGAGAAGUCCUACGUUAAAGAAAAGAAUAGAAACAUAGAGAUUCUAUUAACAAGUCAAAUUAAAGAUUAUCUAUUUUUUAAGAUUAAUCAUCAAAUUUAAUUGUCAAAGAUAGCCAAAAUUAUUAAAACUUGGUUGAAACUAAAUCUAUGUGUCCAAGCCUUUUCUCGAGGCUAUAAAGUUCUAUCCCUAAAUAUAACUCAAAAGAUGAUAUUAUUCAGUUUGAAGAUGACGAAAUUUUGAAUGAGUAAGAUAUAAAACUUGAUGAGCAAGAUAAAUGA